GUUAAUGAUGCACUGUGGGAUUGCUGUAUAUUGACAUGGCAACCAGGCGACAGAGCCACCAAGUUGUUUUUACUCCAUAUUAGUUUUUUGCCGUCUGUUCUGCGUGUAAACGUCUUAGCUUUACUUUCGACCGCUGCCAUGAAUGGGGCAGUGGUAAAGAAGACCCAGGACACGCUGGGCAAAGUGAUAAAGAAGCCGCCUCUCACGGAGAAACUGCUUAGCAAGCCGCCGUUUCGAUACCUUCAUGAUAUCUUCAAUGAGAUCAUCAGGACCACAGGUUUUUUGAAAGGCCUGUAUGAGGAAAAUGACAUGAAGUCAGAUAACGUUAAGGAUAAGGACUCUAAAAUAGUCUUCCUCCAGAAGGCAAUAGAUGUCGUGAUGCUGGUGAGCGGUGAGCCCCUGGCGGCAAAGCCAGCACGCAUUGUGGCCGGCCAUGAGCCCGAGAAAACCAAUGAGCUGCUGCAGGCCAUUGCCAAGUGCUGCAUCAACAAGAUGUCCAGUGAUGAUGCAGUAAAGCGAGUGCUUGCUGGAGAAAAAGUGGACAUAAAAACCAAGGCCAGCACCUCCAGGUCCCAGGACAAGGAAAACAGGGAGGGACGUGAACGUCAUCUGGAUAGAGAGGAGAAGAAAAAGAUUACAGAGCGCAGCGGGAGCCGGGACCAGAAGGACCCAGACCAGCCCAAAGAACAGGAGAGUCGACGCAGAGAUGGGGAGAAAGAGCACCAACGCGACAGGGAGCGCUCUGACAAGCACCACCGCAGUGAACAGGACCACCACGCCAAAGACCACGACAAGGACAAGAGCCGUGACCGGGAUCGAGACAAGGAUAAAGACAAAGGACGAGUCAAAGACAGGGACAAGGAGAAAGACAGAGAGAGGGAUCGAGAAAGGGAUAAAGACAGGGAGAGGGACAAAGGCAGAGAGAAGACGAGAGAUAGGGAUUCUCACAGAGACCGGGAAAGAGACAAAGACAAACGAAGAGACAGAGACAAAGACCGGGAGAAAGAGAGAGAGCGACACAAAGAGGGGGAAGAGAGGAAAAAAAGUGGAGACAGCAAGGCCAGAGUAUCAGAGGAGCCACAGCAGAAACCCAGCCCUGAGCCCAGCAAAACAGCCAAAUCCGUGCCAGUAACUGCAGAAGCAGUUGAGAACCAGCCUGAUAGUCCAGCUAGAAUACCCAGGCCCUCAUCUGCCAAAGGGCAGAGGCGGAGACCCAAGAUUGGAGGUCAAGAUGAAUCUGACAGUGAGGGAGACGGAGAUGCUCUGUUGGCCCAGAGACCUGUUCCCCCGGAAAAUGGAGAUACUGCAGGCUCCUCAGCACCAUCCGACAUGGCCUCCAGCAACAGGCGAAUACCACGGCCCAGCAGUGCUCGUCCAGCACCUCCCCGAGUCAAGAAGCAGGAGAGUUACUCUGAUGUGACCCCAGCUGAGAGGCUGUCCAGUGCCAAGCCCUCAGCACCAGUCAUCAUGGAUGGAAAGAGGCUGUCGGAGGAUGAGGAGGAUGAAGAUGAGCAAUUUCUUGUGGAGGAGGCAGUACCUCCACCUUCAGAUGCUCCUGAGAUGGAGGUGAUGCCUGCACAAGAACUCGACAGUGAAGACAAACAUGGUGGCCUUGUGAAAAAGAUCCUUGAGACCAAGAAAGACUAUGAACUGUCCCCAUCUGCCCCCAAAUCUAAAGAACAGAAUGUAGUGUCUGAAGCGGCGCGGAAGAAAGAGCGGGACAUGGUGACGCGGGAGAUAGAGCGGCUCCGCUCAUCCAUUCAGACAGUGUGCCGCAGCACGCUGCCUUUGGGGAAGAUCAUGGACUACAUACAGGAGGACAUGGACGCCAUGCAGGCUGAACUGCACACCUGGCGGCGGGAGAACAAAGAGCACGCCCAGGCCUUGCUGCAGGAGCAGAGGGCAACGGACAGAGCAGUGGAGCCUCUCAAGUCAGAACUAGCCGAGCUGGAGCAGCUGAUCAAGGACCAGCAGGACAAGAUCUGUGCUGUAAAGUCCAACAUACUGAAGAAUGAAGAGAAGAUCCAGAAGAUGGUGACUGGAGUCAACUUCUCCUCCAGAGCCUGAAAUGAGCAACAAGAUCUACAGAGGAAAACUGAAAAUGCACUGAAGAUUUAGGGAUGAACAGUGUCUCAUUCUGAAUAAUGGUAAGACCAUUUUUUGCUGGAGAUGAUGAGGGGCGGGACCAAACACUGCACUUUUAGGGAUUUUGUCAGCAAAGGAGAUGGACCCAAACAUAUCAGACACCAUCAGUCAGAUAUUGGUAAAUAAAAGCUCUAUUUGAUGGUUUGGAGGUCUGACUAACAUCUGCUUUGACUGACAGAUGAAUGAAUUAAUAAAUAAAAAAUAUCUUCCUGUUGUGCACACUAACAGAACCCAUUCGUUUACCCCUUUUCUGUAAUGGUGCCUUUGUGGAAUGGGCCAGUGCACAGGUGAUGACUUGAAAGUUAGAUUAGGUAGUUGUAUUUAAUGCAGGGUGAGUUCAUCUAAAGCCCUAAAUAUCCCAAACUGAACAACAAGACAUGGUAGUUUGAUUUGCUGAACACUUAAACCUGCACUCUUUUUUUUUAUUAGUAAAAAAAAAGUGAAAGUUUAUUUAAAGUGUGGCACAUUUAGUUGCCAUUGCCUCACUUCUUAUUUUUCCUGGCUGAGAGGACUUUGGACUGAUGCACUGCAGCGUAGGGGACGUGCAGCUGUAUUGGACUAGUAAGCAAGAUUGUUAUAAUAAUUACAUCUGCUAUAGUGGUGUUGGACUAGCUGCACAACAGUAAUUAAAUAUUCUUGUGUCACACUCAACUGGCUGAUCACAGGAGUAAAGUUUCUAGUGCUUGCAUGCAGAAAUCUAGGGCUUAUGUCCUGAUGAUCUGUUUUUACAUGUCAUACAGAUUUUUUCGUUUUCUUCUAAACCUUUUUCUUCAAGCUUCCUCCCUCAAUCUACGCUCCCUGAAAAAUAGAUUUAUACUGUUUUCAGCAACCUUUUCCUGUGCUUACAACAACCGUAUCCCAUCUUGUAAAAACCAACACACACACACAAUAUCUGUAUGUUAGUUCACUGCUCCACUUUUGAAGCACUGCUGCACUUUCAUAGAGUGAUAAGGGGAGGUGUACCUUCAAGUUGCUUGGAAAAAGCUUUUAACUUUUUGGAAAGAAAGAAAGCAGUGUUGAAAUUCUUUCUUUUAUUUCUUAGAAGACAGGUUAUCUUAUAAAACUUUACCCAGGCACACCCACGUAAUGUACUUUCAGGGAAACAUAAGCCUAUAUCCAUUAUUUCUGCAGUGAGCAAACAGGACAGCCACCAUCAUGGAGGUCACUCCACUCUGUUUGUACUGUAGGGUUUGCCAAAUUGCUUC